UAUAUAACUAUUAUGCAAAUCAAAGGCCAUGGCUCGCCACCUUGUCUUUGCAUUUAUCAUUUUUGCUAUUUUUAUACACUCUCUAUCUUCUGCACCCAAUGACACACAAGGUACAUGUUUAUUGGAUUUCAAUGCAUACCAAAAUGAAUAUAUGCCUUUUGGUGAAUGUGGGGGUGCAAAAGAGGAUAUAACCAAAUGGGGCAGUGGCAGUGAUGGUUUCCCAACUACUCUCUGCUGCAGAAAUGCUCUGACCAUUUUGUCAGAUGCCAUGGCCUCACAAGUCCGUAACACAAAAGGACAAAUGUUCCUUUCUCAAGAACAAUGGCAAAGUUGCAACCAAUCAUUUCAUCCACAACCAGGGAUGUCACUGUCUUCAUGUGGCUUUGAUAACUUUUACUUUGGUAGCUCUCAAUGCUCCAAUUUAUCUUUGCUAACUGUUCAAGGCUCGCAAAAGUACUCAGAUGCAUUGAACCAAUGCAGCCACUUCGACCUUUCGUUUGAUGAGUCGUGUGCGGAUUGUACAAGUGCAAUAUUGAAUCUGAGAGAUAAUUUAUAUGACACAAUGAGCAAUGAUACUGAGAGAGCCAUUUGUGGAGUAGCAGCUCUUGUUGCUGUUGCAUUUGAACAACCAAAUGAUCCUUUCCUUGCUGACAAAUUCUUGCGCUGCUUGCCACCUCCAGCAGUACAUAACAAGAAAUCAUCAAUGAAGAAACUUGUGUUGGCAAUGUUGGUGAUAGCUAUCUUAGCAUUAUUGAUUAUUGCUUUUCUGGUAAAAUGUGUAUCAAAGAAGAAGCCUGUUAAGAAGCACGUCCAGUUGAAACAGAUAGCUACUUGGUCUGGACUUUACUGGUUCACAAAAACUGAAAUUGAAAAUGCCAUGAAUUUUGAAAAUGAAAAGAUAAACCUUGGACGCGGGAGUGCGGGUGAAGUGUUUAGAGGUGUUUUGCCAAGUGGUCAAGUUGUGGCCAUCAAGCAUUUGACAAAGAGUAACACCUCUAGUUCUGAUUCUUUCACUCGAGAACUUGCUGGUCUUUCUAGACUUCGUCAUCCAAACCUUGUUUGCUUGUUUGGCUGUUGCAUGGAAGAUGGCGAAAGAUAUCUUGUCUACGAGUUCUGUGCCAAUGGAAAUCUUGCUCAACAUCUCUUGAGAAGAGACAGCCAUUUGACAUGGGAAGCAAGAGUGAAGAUUUUGAGAGAAUGUUCAUUUGCGCUUAAGUAUCUCCAUCAUCAUAUAGAGGGUUGUGUUGUCCAUAGAGAUAUCAAGCUUACAAACAUUCUUUUGACUGAGAAAUAUGAAGCCAAACUGUCGGAUUUUGGAUUGUCAAGGAUGAUGGGCAUGGAAGAGAGCAAGGUUUUUACUGAUGUUAGAGGAACUAUAGGUUACAUGGAUCCAGAGUACAUGAGUAAUGCCAAGUUAACUUGUGCCAGUGAUGUAUAUAGUUUUGGAAUUGUUGCUUUGCAAAUUCUGUCAGGACAGAAAGUCAUAGAGUUGGAUCUUGAUGCAAGAGAUCAGCUCACCAGAAAGGCAAGAGAUGUGAGUAUGGGAAAGCGUCCAUUGUCGGAUUUUGUAGACUCGCGACUAAAGGGACAAGUUGAUAAGGAGGAUUUUGGAUCUAUUUUACAGAUUGCAGUACUUUGUGUUGCCAAAUCAAGCACGGGUCGCCCACCAAUUGAGGUUGUUUUUGACGAAUUGGACAAAGUCUAUAGGGACCUUGAUUCACGCAAGAAGGCAACCCCAACACCAUCAACAACAUCAACAUCAACAUCAACAUCUAGCUCUAACUGAGUCCUCGACGAAGUGGUCAUAUAUGUGUGUAUGAGUAAAACAUUGAAGAAGUGAAACUGGAAAUUGGAAGAUGAACAUGUACAUUACAGUACAUAUAAUAUUAUUUUUCAGCAUACAACUAUCACUACUGUAUUAAAAAAUGUGACAUGGUUCCCUUGUCUUUCGCUCGCUCGCAGAUCUUAAGGUGUACCUAGAAAAUGUGUUGGGCCCCAUAAAAAACCAUACAACAGAAAGAAAAAAAAAACAAAUGUUUUUGCAGUCAUUCAGAUCUUUGAUUCAGAAGCGUGUUAUAGACUUGAAGCAAUGGAAAUUUGAAUCGUAGCUACUGUCUUUGUUUUAUUUAA